CGUGACCGCAAGCCCGCCCCAAACAGUUUGUGACUUCCGGCUACAGCUCCGAUCUAAUAUGGCUCCGAUAUGUAUCUGACAGGACAACAAUCAGGAUAGUCUUUAAGCAGCCCAAUGUUCAAGAAGCAAGUUCCCUCAGACUGUCUCUUCAACGACGAAUGGAAUGCAAACGUCGACACGCACCACAGAGCUAUGUGAAUGAUUACUCACUCCCAUGACCUCUGUGAAGGCAUAAGGGACGCUCAGGAAGACCAAUUGAAUCCCCCCCGUGCAGAUAAAGAUGUCGGGUGUCAACUUCAUGAACAAAGUGCGCUCCGUCUUCAGGAAGGAGCGCAGCGACUGGAACCUCAGUGACACCGCGCCGUUAGACUUUCCGGACGAUCUGGACGAGGAUGACAGGCCUAAGUUCAACCAACUUAAGGUUGUUGUCGCGGGAGACAUGUCGGAAUACUCACCGGGGGCCAUGUCAAACGGCCUGUCGGUAAACACUCUGGUGGCAGAUGACGAUGACUCCCUCUUAGGGUCUUCGUCCAGCCUCGGCAGUCCGGGGUUGAACAUGGACCCAUGUGACAACUGCAACCAGAAGAGGGAGAGAAUCAAACGGAGGAGAGUGAUGAAGAAACUAGGCAUGGCAGCUGUGCUGUAUUUGCUCUUCAUGAUAGGAGAAUUUGUGGGUGGAUAUGUGGCCAACAGCUUAGCCAUAAUGACGGAUGCAGUGCACAUGCUGGCCGACCUGAUAGGCAUCCUGGUGUCCUUGCUGGCCCUGUGGCUGUCAGCCAGGCCCCCGACGGCCAGGUUCACGUUUGGCCUUCAUCGUCUGGAGGUGGUGUCGGCGGGCGUCAGCGUGCUGCUGAUCUACAUCCUGACUGGGGCGCUGCUGUACGAGGCCGUGCAGAGGACCAUGCUGCCCGACUUCAACAUAGACGGAGACGUCAUGCUCAUCACAGCAGCGGUGGGGGUCGCUGUCAACCUCAUCAUGGGCUUCUUACUGAACCAGAACGGGCACCUCCACGGCCACGGCCACUCCCACGGCCCUGUGGCCCCCCCGGCCGGCCAGCCCUCGGGGCCCGGGGCCCAGCCCAAACCCCACGGCAGCCUGGCGGUCCGGGCUGCCUUCAUCCACGCCCUGGGCGACCUGGUGCAGAGCGUGGGCGUGCUCAUCGCCGCCUACAUCGUCCGCUUCAAGCCAGAGUAUAAAUUGGCCGACCCGAUCUGUACCUACAUCUUUUCUGUCCUGGUCCUCUUCACAACUAUCCGCAUCAUACGAGACACCGGCCUCAUUGUACUGGAAGCGGCUCCGCGGCACCUGGACGUCCAGCGCAUCAGGGAGGACCUGCUGAAGCUGGAGGACGUGCAGUCUGUGGACGAGCUCAACGUCUGGGCGCUGACGUCGGACAAGACCGCCGCCCUGGUGCACCUCCAGCUCCUGGCCUCCAGUGCCAGUAGGUGGGAGGACGUGCAGGCCAAGGCCCGUCACCUGAUGCUCCACACCUACAGUGUCUCCAGGUGCACAGUGCAGGUGCAGACGCACAGACAGAGGAUGACCCACACCUGCACACACUGCCACUCGUCCAGUGCCUGAACACUCUCUCUCUCUCUCUCUCUCUCUCUCUCUCUCUCUCUUGUAAAUAAUAUAUACAUUAAACAAUACAUAUCAUGCAGCAGCAAGGCAGAAACUACACAACAAAUGGCCAUGACUCUGGUACAUGACUGUCACAAGAUGUCAGGUAGUCGGAAACUACAACUAAAUGUGCCAAAGCCGAGUCAGGUGGAUAUGCAGCCCUCAGAUUAGUGUUUGCAUUCAGCGUAUGGGCGGGGCCACCCAGAGGACAGGGUUGUGGUUCUGCGAUGCAGCUGCAGGGGGCGCUAUAGAUCACCAGUAAAGCCUCGGCCAUUUGUGAAGGGCUUUGAUAGCCAUUUUCCUUUUGUACGCAACGGUUUGAUUCUCAGCAACUGAUGUCACUGAUAGGUCAUCAGCUUUUUACAGUUCAACUCAGCCUGGAGGGGUGGUUGGUAUGUUUUGAAUUUUUAAAGUUUAAUCUCACUAAGCAUGAUUCACAAGUAAUAUCUCGUAUUCCACACUAAUUACAGACUGACAACACUAAUUUUACUCUUUUUAUUUUCCAGUUGUGUCAACAGCCAUGACUAACGGCACAAUAUCUAAUAUUGUGAAAUUACUUCCAGCCUUUUGUUAAUGCAAGCUUUGCCACAAUAUCAAACUGACCCAUGUUAUCCCAUAACUCCGUUUGGCAGUGUAGAACAGGCAGCUCUGAGUGACAAUCAAAGUGUGGCACACUUUGAAUCUGGGUUCCGGUCGCUCUGCACAUGGAUUUGAGCAUUAAUGUCAUGCACUUUGUACGGUAUAUCAUAAGACCAGGUGGGUUUUACUGCACUGCAGUAUUUUCAUGGGGGAUAGUAUACCUGAGCCCUUUAAGGGGCCCUUGAUUCAGCCUCAUUGCUCUUGUGUUAACCAGGGUCAAACAGCACUGGGUUUUUAAUAUGUGAUAAUUGCCAAGUUUUUAUCAAUGCUGGAACAUCUGUUAAAGGAGGUUUUUAAUGUUUGUAGGUCGCAUGCUCUUUUACAACCUCUUCGGGUGGUUGCUUUUUCGCACAAAUGAUCUUAUUUUUUUGCACAUUCCAUGUGUUAUUUUUAACCCAUUUAAAUGGUACGGUUACAUUUGCUUCUUGUAAAAGCCAAUUGAUUUUGCCUCAUGAUUUUUUUUAUUCUCUAUAUUACCCAUGAACCCUCUAACGUAAAUAAAUGAUUGUAAAUGGCACAAAC